AUGACCAGUUACUUUCCUGCUGGUGCCAGCACUGGCUCGUCGCCAGCGUCAUCUCCAAUAUCCCCGCCGCUGUCUCAACGCUCCACGGCAUUGUCUAAUCGCCUGAGCUCCGUGCUCUCCGCGUCGUAUGCCGACUCCGACAUCCGCGAUGCCCUGGAAACCUUGAGUGUGCGAGGAAUUCACAAUACUCCGGAGACAAGGCGUCAGCUGCGCUUAGAUGUGCAGAAAGAAGUCGUUGAUAGUAAUGCGGAGAUCGUGAAAGACUUUGGCAAUGUAGCGGAGCAAUUGAAACGAAUCGGAAGCGUUAUUUCAGCCCUCAAUCAGACAUGUGACGAAAUGCGGAAACAUAUCGACCAGGCCAAGCAAGAGACGGCCCCAGUGCUGGAAGAAGCCACCGCAUUGAUGGACCAGAAGAAGGGCACCGAGACAAAACAACGGUUACUUGAUGCUUUCUCGAAGCACUUUUUGGUGCCCGAAGAGGAUCUCAUGGUUCUUACGGCGGCUGAAGAGCCUAUUGAUGACCGUUUCUUUGAUAUACUAGCCCGCGUAAAGCAAGUGCACCACGACUGCGAGCUUCUUCUCGGCGGCGAAAACCAACGAUUGGGCCUAGAGGUCAUGGAACUGAGCUCUCGAUAUCUCAACACUGCCUACCAGAAAUUAUACCGGUGGAUCCAAAAGGAGUUCCAAUCCCUGAACCUUGAGGAUCCUCGGAUCAGUAGCUCGAUCCGCCGCGCAUUGCGGGUGUUGGCAGAGAAGCCGAGCCUGUUCCACAGCUGUCUGGAUUUCUUCGCUGAGGCGCGUGAUUACGUACUUUCGGAUUCGUUCCACUAUGCGCUGACAGAUGCUAUCUCCGGUGCUACUGGAGCCGGCGCCGGAGGCGAUCGCAGCGUCAAGCCGAUUGAAUUUUCGGCGCAUGACCCGUUGCGAUAUGUUGGUGACAUGCUUGCAUGGGUGCAUUCUACGACUGUGUCGGAAAGGGAGGCUUUGGAGGCUCUUUUUGUCGCUGAUGGAGAAGAGCUUGCGCGAGGUAUUCAGGCCGGAUUGAGCAGUGAACCCUGGUCACGUAUCGACGAGGACGAAGAGGUUACAUUUGAUGGCCGGAAGGCUCUUAGCGAUCUGGUGAACCGUGAUCUCACAGGAGUCUCUCGGUCCCUCCGACAGAGAGUUGAGCUUGUGAUUCAGGGGCACGAUGACCCUGUGACCUGCUAUAAAGUGGUUAACCUCCUUUCCUUCUACCGUACGACGUUUGCCAAACUGGUUGGCCCACAGUCGAACCUGGUCGACUUGAUGCAAGCUCUGGAGAAGUUUACCUUUGGUCAUUUCGAGACAUUGAUGCGCGAUCAGGCUGGCGCUCUCUCAACCGAUCAUGCUGCCCUUGCCCCCCCAGAUGACUUGUCACCUCCAGAGUUCCUGCUGGACGCUUUGGAGAGCUUAUUAUCUCUCAUGAAAUCCCACGAAGCCUCGGUGGGCUCGGACGAGCCGGCUGAAACUGACAGCGAGAAUCCGUUUACUCCUGUGCUUCGUGCCGCGUUCGACCCCUUCCUGACGCUGGCUCGUUCAUCAUCGGAUGAACUGAAAGAAACUACUGCGCAGACUAUCUACCGCACGAAUAUUAUUCUCGCAGCGCGCGCAACCGUCCAGCCGUUCUCCUUUGCUAGCGCAACACAUAUCGCACCUCUGUCCACGGCCCUAUCUACUCUUCGCACAAACCUUCUCGAUGUUCAGCACCAGUUUCUUCUCGAGACGUCAGGGCUACAGACUCUUCUCGAAGCCCUGGAGCCAUUUUCCAGGACAGUCAAUGAUGAAACAGAAACACAGGACGAGCAGUCUGACAAGCCCGAUCAACAGAAGCCCCAGCUUGCAGAUCUCGCUAGCCUCGCUGCCUUCCAACCUGAGUCUCUGGUUGCAUCGAGUCAACAACUGGAUGACUUCCUCCCAUCUGCUCUCAUGGACGCUACCGAUAACCUCAAGCGUGUGCAGAGCGCCUCCCUCGUUCAAAGUGUGACUGAGGAUGCCGUCGAGGCAUUCUGUCGCGAUUUCGAGUUUGUCGAAGGCAUGAUCAUUGCUGCUGAUGAAGCACGAGGAAUGACCCAAGUGACCUUCGGAACGGGAGGUAGUGUCAUCAGUGGUCGGAGUGGAAGAUCUUCGCGGAGGCCAGGGGCAGGGGAGGAUCGUGACGAGGGUGAGGAUGAUAAAGAGGACCAGUGGAGCUUGCGGUCAUUGUUCCCUCGGACCACUGGCGAGAUUCGUGUGCUGUUGAGUUGA